AUGUCCGUCGCAAACGCGUCUCUCUACAUCCAGCCGGAUGAAUACAAGAUCGUUGGAAAAUACCUGUUGGAAACCAUGAAGGAAGUUCUCGGUGAUGCCUGCACUGAUGACAUCCUCGACGCGAGGGCCGCAGCAUACUGGGCGCUGGCGGACAUCAUGAUUGCCCGCGAAGGCACACUGUACAAGGAGAGCCAAGGCUGGACCAACUGGCGCCAGUUCCGCGUGGCCACAAAGGUCCGCGAGUCGGACGAGAUCACCUCGUUCUAUCUCAUGCCACUCGAUGGCAAGCCACUACCUAACUUUAAGCCAGGCCAGUACAUCUCCGUGCGUGUUGAUGUGCCGAGAUUGAAGUACCCCCAGGCCCGGCAGUAUUCUCUCAGUGAUGCCCCUCGCUCGGAUUACUACCGCAUCAGCGUCAAGAAGGAAUCCGGCCUUAACCCCAGGGCUCCCGGCGCCAAGAGACACCCCGGAUACGUAUCAACGUCCUGCACGAUGUCACCAAGGAAGGCGACCUCGUUGAAGUCUCUCACCGCGCGGAAACUUCUUCCUUUUCACAGCCAGGCCCGCGCAUUUAAGGAUCGCAUCCAGGCACUGGGGAAGAAGUUCCCCAACAUGCAGGUGACAUUCUUCACCAGCACGCCGUCUGAGCGCGAUCAGCCUGGCGUCGACUAUCACCACCUGGGAAGGAUUGACUUGCAGAAACUCGACCGCUCGGCUGACUUGCACUUGGACGACUCCCGCACCGAGUUCUAUAUUUGCAGUCCCCAGGCUUUCAUGGCCCAGAUGAAGGGCUCGCUGAAGGCCCGGGUGUGGGCCAUGAUCGCAUCAAGAUGGAGUUGUUUGGCGCUGGUGGUGUGCCUCACAACUAAUGCUUCGCGGUUUUGA